AUGACUCCACUCACUCGCGCGCAUAUACACCGCACUCACACCUACACGUCGUCGGUGUCGUGCGCGCUGGACGAGGCGGCCGCCGCCCUCACGCGCAUGCGCAGCGACCAGCCGCCCCACCCACACCCGCACCACCACCGCGCGCACCACCAGGACAAGCCAGUUCAGUGCGGAUCGACGGCGACCGGUACGACGCCGUCGGUGCCGUCGGGGGCGGUCGGGCCCGGCGGGGCGGCGGGCGCGGGCGCGGGUGCGGCAGGUGCCGGCGCGGGCGCGGGCGCGGCAGGUGCCGGUGCCGGCGCGGGGUCGGCGUCGGGCGCCGGUGGCGCUGGCACGGAGGGCGCGCCCUCGCUGGCCGAGGCGUGCUCGGACGGGGACGUGGGCACGGUGCGCAAGCUGCUGACGGAGGGCCGCUCGGUGCACGAGACCACGGAGGAGGGAGAGUCCCUGCUGUCGCUCGCCUGCUCCGCCGGAUACUACGAGCUCGCGCAGGUGCUGCUCGCCAUGCACGCCAGCGUCGAGGAUCGUGGCAUCAAGGGUGACUGCACCCCCCUGAUGGAGGCGGCGAGCGCGGGCCACGUGGACAUAGUGCGCCUGCUCCUGGCGCACGGCGCCGACGUCAACGCCGUGUCGGGGUCCGGCAACACGCCGCUCAUGUACGCGUGCGCGGGCGGCCACGAGGACUGCGUGCGCGCGCUGCUAGACCACAACGCCAACGUGGAGGACCACAACGAGAACGGGCACACGCCGCUCAUGGAGGCCGCGUCCGCGGGCCACGUGGGCGUGGCGCGCAUCCUCCUGGAGCACGGCGCGGGCAUCAACACGCACUCCAACGAGUUCAAGGAGUCGGCGCUGACGCUGGCCUGCUACAAGGGGCACCUCGACAUGGUGCGCUUCCUGCUGGCGGCCGGCGCCGACCGCGAGCACAAGACCGACGAGAUGCACACCGCCCUCAUGGAGGCCAGCAUGGACGGACACGUCGAGGUGGCGCGGCUGCUGCUCGACUCGGGCGCGCAGGUGAACAUGCCGACGGACAGCUUCGAAUCACCGCUGACGCUAGCGGCGUGCGGCGGCCACGUGGAGCUGGCGAUGCUGCUGCUUGAGCGCGGCGCCAACAUCGAGGAGGUCAACGACGAGGGGUACACGCCGCUCAUGGAGGCUGCUAGAGAAGGUCACGAAGAGAUGGUGGCAUUACUCCUGGGGCAGGGCGCGGCCAUCAACGCCCAGACGGAUGAGACGCAGGAGACGGCGCUGACGCUUGCCUGCUGCGGCGGGUUCCUGGAGGUCGCCGACUUCCUCAUCAAGGCGGGCGCCGACGUCGAGCUCGGCGCCUCCACGCCGCUCAUGGAGGCCUCGCAGGAGGGCCACCUGGAGCUCGUGCGCUACCUGAUAGGCGCGGGCGCGGCGGUGUGCGCGCAGACGCAGACGGGCGACACGGCGCUGACGUACGCCUGCGAGAACGGACACACCGACGUGGCCGAGCUGCUGCUGCGGGCCGGCGCGCGCCUCGAGCACGAGAGCGAGGGCGGCCGCACGCCGCUCAUGAAGGCGUGCCGCGCCGGACACCUGUGCACCGUGCAGUUCCUGGUGCACAAGGGCGCGGACGUGAACCGCAUGACGGGCAAUGGCGACCACACGCCGCUGUCGCUGGCCUGCGCGGGCGGCCACGCCGACGUGGUGAAGUUCCUGCUCUCCUGCGACGCCGACCCCUUCCGCAAGCUCAAGGACAACUCCUCCACGCUCAUAGAGGCGGCCAAGGGCGGCCACACGCCCGUCGUGCAGCUGCUGCUCGACUACCCGCACUGCGUGCUGCUGCCUCGCCAGCCAGCUGCAGGCGGCGGCGCGCCAGAGACGGCGGCGGCGAGUGUAGCGGGGGCAGGUGCGGGCGCGGGGCUGAGCGCGGCGCAGGCGGCGGCGCUGGGGCUCAGCCACGCGCCCGCACCCACCGCGCCCGCCGCGCGGGCCCUACUGCCCGCCCUGCAUGUCGCGGCGCAGGCCACACCCGCACCCGCACCCGCCCCCGGCGCGCCCCACGCAGACGGUCGCAAAAAGCAACCGCCGGCGGCGAGCGCUGACGCGACGGGCCCCACGCCGACCACGGCGGGCGCGGCGCCAACCGCAGCUGCGGCGGCGGCGGCCGCUGCGGCUGCGGCUGCGGCGGCGGUGGCGGCGAGCGGUGCGGCCCCCACCACGGUAGCGGGCGGCAAGCACAAGUGCGCGCGCAAACAACGCGCCGCGCCACCCCAUCCCGACCACCACCUGCCGCCCCCGCCGGAUAUACUGGACGACCAGAGGACAGACGUCCUUGCCGGUCAACCGCGCAACGAGACACUGCCAGAGACUGAGAAAAACCUACUCGAAUUAGCCGACCCAUCUGGCGUGACCACCAUCCACCCGCCCACCACGCCGCCCUACCCGCCGCCCCAGCAACUGUUCCCGGUGCAGCAACUCGCUACUAAUCUCAACCAGGCGUGUCGCGCCCUGGUCCUUGGGACGGGCUUGCUGGGCCCGUGCAUGCGGCUGGGGCGUCAGUUCCUGCAGCUGCAGGCGCUGCAACAGCCGCUGCCUCCGCCGCUGCGGCCGCCCGUCACCCAUGUAGGCCCUCACCUCCUCUACUCCUGUACCUAUCCUCAUUUCACUAGGCUAAACCAUCUCGUGCACUAGGCGACAGCGACAGCGCGUAACGAACCCGAUAAAUUACCUUAAGUAACUAAAUUUAUGUCAUACGUUACGUCCGGAACUGUCUUGUGUGCGAGAAGUAUAAUAGAUAAAUAAGAUAGCCACUUUAAUAUGAGCAAAGUCAUAGUUUAAAAUAGGUAUAUCCUAUUUUUUUUUUUUGAAAGUGCUCUAAAUAUUAUUCAUCAAAAUGUAUUCCUUAUUGAAGAUUCAUUUUUGUUGUAAUUUAUCGUGUUUGUAUUUG